AUGUUCAGCAAGCGGUUCGAGACUUCCAAUAGGAGCUUCUCCAAGAGCCACAAGCUCUCCAAGUCGAGCUCGUCCUUCAGCAGGGAGAGCGGCGUGUCGAAGCGGCGACAUGAGUCUCGCCACCGCAGGCCAGGAACGGCCUCAACCACGACAGCCACCGACGACACCGCCAUGUCAAACGGCACGUCAUCUCCCGUCGUCACCCUCGUCGUCGGGGCUGAGCAGCGACUCUUCGCCGCGCACGAAGAAGCGCUGUGUGCUAGCCCAUUCUUCUUCAACGCCCUACGAAACGGCUGCAUGGAUCCGUUAGCGAAACGCAUCGCCCUGGCCGACGAGGAACCGGAAAUAUUCAGCUCUGUGCUCGAGUAUUUGUAUAAGGGCGACUACUACCCACGACUUCGGCAUAAUAAGAGACGCAACUCGUGGGAGCUGGAGCCCACUGUGGGUGACGGGAGGUCCGAGAGCAUCGUUUACCAUCGAGGCGUCGAUGGUGACCUGCUCAAGGACACUGUGAUAUACUGCGCGGCGGAAAAGUACGGGCUUGAAGAACUGAAGAAACUCGCGCUGCGCAAGCAGGGCCUCCAAUCGGGCAUCCAGUGCAGCACCAUCCUGGCGUCUGCUAGAUAUGCAUACGCCAACACGCCGGACAACGACUCCAAGCUUCGGGCACAUUACUUGGCCUUGAUCAUUCGUUCUCGCAGCACUUUCAAGCGCAGCGGCACGAUGCAGCUUGAGAUGUUCAACGGCGGCACGCAGCUGUUCUUCGACCUCUUCGUGGCCUUGUGCAACCAUGUUGACGACAUCUCAUCCGCGCAAAGCACGCCACGAUCCAACCGCCACUACUGA